AUGUGGAGGGCGGAGGGUAUUCAGUUGAUAUUGAAUACGGUUGUCUUGGUGGGCACAAGUAGUCAGACAAUGAUCGGCAGGCCAAUAGUUCCUGAUGCAGCAGUUCAUGCAGUUGUUGAAGAGCAUGUUAGCAUGGACACAGAUGAAGGUGGUCUUCGCUACAACGAUCAUAUUUAUCAUGAAACAUUACCAUCAGACGAAGACGAAUCAGAAGAUGAAAUGUCAAUUCGGUUUGGUAAAUGCACAGAGGUAACUGCGCGUUCAAAGGAGGCAACGGGGAGUGGAAAACCGGCUGAAUCAACAGAACUGAGGAAAUCACCUGGAAUAGCACAAGAGGACAAAACAUUACCUGAUGUUGGUGUUGAAAGGCCUGAAUUUGUGAAACAUACGGGGGCUGCACAGCUAAAUGGUAAGCAUUUUGAAGACCUUACAAUGGACGAUAUGAAGGCAGUAUACUUCCCAACCGUACAGGAAGCAGAGAAGUUCUUGUCAUUGUACUCACGAAUACUUGGUUUCAGCAUACGGAGGGAUAGGUUGCAGAAGGAAGGCAAUGACAUGGUGGUAAGGAGGCAGUGGGUAUGUUCAAAACAAGGACUGGCAAGUAUGAAGUCGAGCAAGCAUAAAGGUGUGGAUAAGAACAAAUUUACAAAGCAUCAGACCAUUGGGGAGCAGAAGAAAUCGAGGAGGAACAUAGUACCUAGUGGAAGGAGAUACACAAGAGUUAACUGCCAAGCUGCAUUCAGUGUUAGAUAUUGCAAGGAAAGGGAGCUAUAUCGCGUGACAAAGUUUAUACAUGAGCACAAUCAUGAGCUUGCCAUGUCCCAUGAGGUUGAGUGCCUUCGUCGCGCACAAGUGUACACUAGUAGGGCUUAUGAGCAUCUGGUAGAGCAAGCUGGGGGACACGACGGUGUUGGCUUCAUCAUAAAAGAUUUGUACAACAAGAUUGCUGAGAAGAGGAAAAAUGCUGAGCUCGAUGGGGAUGCACAGGCCGCAUUGACUUGGAUGAACAUGAGGGGAAUGGAGUCACAACAGUUCUGCUGCAAGUACAGUUUGGAUGAAGAAGGCAGACUAGCCAAUUUGUUUUGGAGGGACUACCAAUCAUUUUUGGACUACAGCGCAUACGGUGAUGUGGUUAUUAUGGACAGCACAUACAAGACAAAUAUGUAUGUAAAGCCUCUUGUUGUAUUUGUUGGGUGCAACAAUCAUAGAGCUACUGUUGUUUUUGGAUUUGCCCUUAUACGAGAUGAGAGGGAGGAUACGUACACGUGGGUGUUCAAGAACUUCCUUGAAUCCAUGGAACAUAAACAGCCUUCAUCGAUCCUAACCGAUGGUGACGAGUCAAUUAGGAAUGUGGUAGAGCGAAUGAUGCCACAAGCUCGGCACAAGUUAUGUGCAUGGCACAUUGGCAGAAACAUAGGGCAGAAUGUGAAGGAUGCUGCUGCUCAGAAAACCAUUGGGAAAUUGAUUUAUUCGUCAAUGACUAUCAGUGAAUGGGAGGCUGCUUGGCACUCAAUGGUGGUCAGAAAUGGGUUGUCGGACAAUGCAUGA